AUGGUGAAGAUUGGCUACAAGCGUUGUGAUUUUGAUUGCUGUGUUUACACCAAGAGCCUUGGUGAUGGUUCUAUGAUUUUUCUGCUACUUUAUGUUGAUGACAUGCUUAUUGCUGCCAAGAAUAUGCGUGAUAUUAUUGAUCUGAAAAGCCUUUUGAGUCAGGAAUUUGAGAUGAAGGAUUUGGGGGCUGCGAAGAAGAUUCUUAGGAUGGAGAUUCACAGGGAUAGAGGAUCAAAGAAGCUGUGGUUAUCUCAGAAGGGUUAUGUGGAGAAGGUACUACAGAGGUUUGGGAUGAAUGAAGCAAAACCGGUGAGCACUCCAUUAGCAAACCACUUCAAGCUUUCUGUUGAUCAGUGUCCCAAGUCGGACAAGGAGACUCAGGAUAUGGUGGAGAUACCUUAUGUCAGUGCUGUUGGAUGUCUGAUGUAUGCCAUGGUAUGUACUCGUCCUGAUUUAGCUCAUGCUGUUGGUCAAGUUUGCAAGUAUAUGUCUAGGCCGGGUAAAUAG